AUGGCUUAUGAACAGCAGAAUUUAGAGAAUGACUCUUCGUCAAAGAAUAACUAUGCUAGUGUUUAUGUGAAUCCAGCAAAUGAAUCCGAAUCUGAAGUACCAAUAUAUAUAUCAGAAGAGGAGGUAGGAAGCGUGAAAGACACACAAGUCAAAAGAACACUGAAGCCUCGUCAUGUUACUAUGAUUGCACUUGGAGGUACCAUCGGUACAGGUUUAUUCAUUGGUAUUGCAACCCCCUUGACAAAUGCGGGUCCAGUCAACGCAUUCAUUGCAUAUUUAUUCAUGGCCACCAUAGCUUAUUCAGUUACUCAAUCCUUAGGAGAAAUGACAACAUAUAUACCAGUUACCUCAUCAUUUACUGUCUUUACUCAAAGAUUUUUAUCACCAGCUUUAGGCGUUACGAGUGGUUAUCUAUAUUUGGCUUCUUGGUGUGUGAACUUUGCUUUGGAACUAUCAGUAAUUGGACAAAUUAUUCAAUAUUGGACUUUUGCAGUUCCUUUACCCGCUUGGAUAGCUAUAUUCUGGGUGAUCUUAGUAGGAGCAAAUAUGUUUCCUGUCAAAUAUUAUGGUGAGGUUGAAUUUUGGGUUGCAGGAAUUAAAAUUAUCGCAAUUGUUGGUUUUAUUAUUUAUUCAUUCAUAAUGGUUUGUGGUGGUGGUAAAGAAGGUCCAAUUGGAUUUAGAUACUGGAGAAAUCCAGGUCCCUGGGGUCCAGGUUAUCUGUUUCCUGGUACUGCGAAAGGUAGAUUUUUGGGCUGGGUUUCUUCUUUAGUCAAUGCAGCUUUUACAUUCCAAGGUACUGAAUUGGUGGCUGUCUCAGCAGGUGAGGCUAAAAAUCCAAGAAGAUCAGUUCCAAAAGCCAUCAACAAGGUUUUUUUUAGAAUAUUAUUCUUUUAUUUAUUAUCAUUAUUCUUCAUUGGGCUAUUAGUUCCAUAUGAUGACCCAAAAUUAGGCUCAAAUGCUUCUUAUGUGGCUUCAUCUCCAUUCAUUAUUGCCAUUCAGAACUCAGGUACACCAAUAUUACCACACAUUUUCAAUGCUGUUAUUUUGAUGACAAUUGUUUCAGCUGCAAACUCAAAUAUUUAUAUUAGCUCACGUAUCCUAUAUUCAAUUGCUCAAAAUGGUCUAGCACCAAAACUUUUCAAAUCAACAAACAAGUAUGGUGUUCCAAUUGUUGGUGUCUUUUCUACAGCUUCGGUAGGAUUUUUGGGCUUCAUGGUGGUAUCUAAUGAUGCAUGGACUGUCUUCAACUGGCUAUUAAAUAGUACAGCAAUUGCUGGACUAUUUUUAUGGUUAUGCAUCUCCUUAUCUCAUAUCAGAUUUAUGCAAUCAUUAUCUGCUCGUGGUAUCUCUAGAGAUGAGCUACCCUUUAAAGCACACUUCAUGCCAUGGGCUGCUUAUUAUGCUUCAUUUUUCAUUGCGUUGAUCAUUUUAAUCAAUGGGUUUGAUGCUUUCAUUAAAGGUUUUAAUGUUAGCUCAUUUUUCACAGCUUAUAUAUCCGUCAUUUUGUUCGUUUCAUUGUGGUUAUUCUUUCAAUUCGUUUACUUCAGAGGUAGAAUACUAAUAAAAUUAGAAGACCUCGAUCUUGACUCUGACAGAAGAGAAAUAGAUGCGAUAGUUUGGGAAGAUGAAACCCCAAAGAAUAUGUGGGAGAAAUUUUGGGCUGUUGCAGCUUGA